AUGCCUGGAAAAGUCGCCGUCCUCACCCCGAGUGCGCCUGCUCCGAUGCCCGUCCUUUCACAGGGCGUCAUCUGCAACGGGAUGGUCUAUGUGUUAGGAAGCCUAGCAAUCGACCCCUCGACCGGUAGAUCUGUGGAAGGUACUGUGGCGGAUCGUACUGACCAGAUUUUCCGCAACAUCUCCGCGAUUCUGCAAGCCGCAGGAAGUAGCCUGGCGAAUAUUGUCAAAGUCAAUAUCUUCCUCACCGAUAUGUCAAAUUUUCAAACCAUGAACGAGGCCUACGCUAAAAAUAUCCCCGAGGGUGCCAAGCCGGUACGCACAUGUGUUGCGGUGAGGGAGCUGCCUUUCGGCUCUAAUGUUGAGAUUGAAUGUACGGCGGCCUUGGAAGACGCUUAG